UUAGGACAAAAUGUGAGUAAAAUUUGGCCAAAUUAUCAUGCCCUGGCGUAUGGAACAAGCUUUGAAUGUCCUGCCACCGAGCAAACACCGCCACACGGACGUUAAGACCACCCUAGCCAGGCGGGGUCUCGCCUUGACCCGUGGGGCAACCAGCAUUCCAUGGCGGGGCUCACACCAGGCACUGCCGCCCAGCAAGAGCAAGACAUUCGCCAAGCUGUUUGAGAACUCGCAGAGGAUGUUCGGAGAUCCCGACACUAAGCUGGCCUGCAUGUAUGACAGGAUGGUUCUAGCUGGACGCGGGACACCCGUGGACAAAGAACUACUAAAAGCACCAACAUGCUGCCGGUAUCACUGGCUGCAGUACCAAGCCGGUAAGCGGCGACUCAUCGGGGCCGUCCUACCGUACGAGGACCCGUUUCUACCGCCUACGCCGGCCUCCAAAGCCCUGCAGAACCUCCGUAAACCGGACCAGUUAUCGAGACGGGUUUGGCAUGAUUUGAACACGAAUGCGAGGGUACAGGCAACCAUUGCUACGGUUAAUGUCAGAUGGCACAGUCUUCGUCAUGACCCCGGCUAUGACGAAGCCUCCUUAUACGACGCCCUGCGCCCGCAUGGCCACAUCGACAGCAUUCACCGUACCAGCCAGCUCAGCGCACGGGUCACAUUUAGCGAGCUCCAGGCGGCCUGCCGCGCAGUGGCCGCUCACUCCCUCGGUCGGCCGGAGAACCCUCUGCUGUGCCUCUGGUAUCACAAGUCCAUGAAGAACAAAGGGUUUUAUGUCAGGAGGAGGCAUCUCCAUGUUUCUUUGGACCCAUUUGCCACUUAGGUUAUGCGUGAUGUCUUUAAGAAGUUCAUGUUUUUUCUUAGCGGUACCCCUC